AAGAAGAAGGGCGAAGAGCCAGAAGAGAAGCGACUUAAGCGUUUCCGAAUCAAGCCUCCUCUCUCUUACAUCGAGAGACUUGAGAGAGUCAAGGCGCAGCGAAUGUUCUUGAUUGAUCGAAAUAGAACCACUGGUGAAGAUGGCACCCACGAAGAAGAAAUCUUUGACAUUGCUGGUACUACUGGGAAUAUCUACCAAGUCACUAUCUCCAAGGUUCCAACUUGUUCUUGUCCGGACGCGGCGAAGGGGAAUCAGUGCAAGCAUAUCAUUUAUGUUCUGGUCAAUGCCCUCAAAGCCCGAGAAGAUCUAGCUUAUCAGCUGGCAUUUCUUUCGACGGAGCUCACAGAGAUUUUUGCCAAUGCACCUGUCACUCCCCAGUCAUCUGAAACUACAGCUUUAGCUACUGAUACUGGCGGCUCCCGCAAGCCUGUCGAAGGCGAUUGUCCCGUUUGCGUCAUGGAGUUCGAGGAAGGAGAAGAUCUCGUUUGGUGCAAAGCUGCAUGUGGUAAUAACGUUCAUCGCCAUUGCUUCGAGCAGUGGGCUGGGAGCAAGUCUGGUCCUGUCAAGUGUGUUUUCUGCCGCAGUGCAUGGAAAGGUGACGAGGAGAGUAUCAAGAAAAUCAGUAAGUCUGGUGCUAUUGGCGUUGAUGGCUAUGUCAAUGUCGCUGGUGAACUGGGACUUAGUGGGGAGCGUGAUAUGAGCACGUAUCAU